UCCGACUUCCGUUAUUGACUGAAAAGAAACGAAAGUAGGAACAAGGCAACAAAGUCAAACCCUCUAAAUUCAUUGGUCUUGCUUUGAAGAGAAAGUGUCUUUAGUGCUGCUCUCAGAAUGGCUUCAAGUGCUUCACGUGUGUUGAGGUCACUUGCAAAGGAAUUAGGGAGGGUAUAUAGAAAGGAAAAGCUCCAAGAUGUACCAGCCUACGCAUACCUCCAUGAACAGAUGAAAAAUUUCGAAGUCACCGACGAGAAGAUUUGCCGGGCCCAUAAUGAGGUGCAGCACGUUGCAGAGACGUACUUAUGUUAUCUGGAGAGCCUUCGAAAACAGGAGGAGCUGAGUCAGCAAUACAAGGGCAGAGGGGAGAGAAGUGUGGAGAGCAGUGCUGAGAUUGUCGGCCUCAAACUGCCAAAGUUGUUCUCCGAGGACGCCCCCGCAGAUAAACCUGACCCCUGAUUGAUGUGAACGACGACUAGUUAAGAAGUCCGGGCAAAAAUAUCUCUCUCUGUUUUGAGGUGCUUGGAUGGGGCGUGUCCAUUGGGAAAAACAGGCGCCUGAGUGAAGUGAAACGUCAGUUGAGUGUAAA